CGCAUCCAGCGCCUCCGCAGCCUCAUGGUGAACGCGGGCCCCGAGCCGGCGGCGGCCGAGCGCGGCGCGGCCCGGCGCAGGAGGGCGCCGCGCAACGUCCUCACCAGGAUGCCGCUUCAUGAAGGCAGCCCGCUGGGAGAGCUUCAUCGCUGCGUGCGAGAUGGUGUAAAAAUCAACGUCCAUAUCCGCACUUUCAAGGGGCUUCGUGGAGUCUGCACAGGGUUUUUGGUUGCGUUUGACAAGUUUUGGAAUAUGGCCCUCACAGAUGUAGAUGAGACAUACAGGAAACCAGUCCUGGGCAAAGCUUUCUAUGUUGAACCUCAGCUUACCCUAACCAGGCUGUUUGACAGACUCAGACUGCAGGAGUCCUCAGCAAAGAAGGGAGCUGACUCAAAGACUGUCUCAGAGGAGCUAGUCCCAACAAAUGACCCUCAGACGCUCGGAUGGAAAGCUGGAUCAGGACGGGGGAGAGCAGAAGAUGAGCGUGAGAGGCAAAAACGCUUGGGCAGAGCUGGGGAGAAGAUGGUGCCAGGUGACAGUCUGCAUGUGGCCACCCGAGGUGAAGCUGACGUGGGUGGCGGGACUGCCCACGCAGAGGGUGCCAGUGCUGGUGGAACCCAUGCAAGAAGCCAGUCUCGGAGAAAGAAGAGGCCCAAGGUGGAUUAUCAGCAGGUGUUUACACGCCACAUAAACCAGAUUUUUAUUCGAGGAGAGAAUGUCUUGCUUGUGCAUUUAGCACACUGACCUGGCUGAGCCGUGUCGGUGUAUUUACUUGAUAGCAUGAAUUGCCGCUGUAGCUCUCAUUGCUGUUUAACAUUCAUGUUGAGUAUCGGGGUACUCUGGUGGGUUUCCCAUUACCAUAACAAGGUAGGGGAGRUGGUUCUAACUGGGGCAUCGUGAGCUUGGUGCAAAGCAGCCUCCUGAGGUCUUUGCUGUGGGGAGAGUGGCAAGGGGGGUCUCAGAACAAGUUCAGAACAUACUUGUUUCUGUGACAUGAGGGAGGUGAGCACAGAUCCCCGUGAUCCUUAAAAAGAAGCUAAAAGGAGAGAGCUGGAAGAGAGUUUUGCUGUAGUUGGUUAUACARGCUAACUGUAGCACACAUUCAAGGAGCAUAAAUUCAGGCUUCCACCUGAAGCAAGUCAGUAAUGCUGUAUAUUCACAUGUCUUGAGUAAUCUCAAAAGUUUACUAGUGAAACCAACAGUUUAUCAGCUGUUGCUGUAUGGAUAUGUUCUCUUCCAGAUGUAAUUCCAGUAGUCAUUUUGAAGUAGUGUAUAAGAAGGUGGGAUGACAUACUUCUGAURUCUGUUAGCUCUGUAAUGCCCUGCGUGAUAGAAAACCUCUUCUCAAUUGUAACACUGUUUUUUGUUUUGUUUCUGUGAAUGAUGGCAAGAUYUUAAAUUUUCAGUAUCAAAGCUUAGGCUCCCAUUUGUGGUGCUUUUGCCCUGUAUCACCAGCAAGCAGCUAAUGUAGCUGAUCCAGGGACCUCCAUAUUGGGGCUUUAGCUGUGAAUGUUGUGGAUGCAUAUCAAAAAUGGUAUUUUUAUCAUUCAUCCAUUUGCUACUUAGUAUAAUAGUGAAGUUUGCAAAGAAGUAGGAUUUCUCAGAUUUGAGCGUUUGUGCUGGACACAGUUGUACUGUAUCUAAGCACCUUCCAACUUCCCUCUGUUGAAGCUGUGGGUGCUGCCUCUCCAGUCGUUCUCAUGGAGCAGAAAUCUUUUGAGAUCUGUGUGAAUGACGCGUCUUCUAAUUCCAGUUUUGCUCUGCCUUGGAGGUGUGCCUGAGGUGGUUUUGAAGUCAAACCCAGCUCCUCAAGUAAUUUUCAGCAGUGUGCUUAAGGUGCUGUAGAUCAGGCCAGGCGUCUGCAGGUAUAAACUGCUUUCCAAGAACUAAUACAAAGUUCAAGGGUAAAUGAGGCUGUGAAUAUCCAGUUUGACCUCUUGGAUGUCAAAUGACACUGGAUUUCACCCUCUGUUCUUGUAUUCAUCUCAAUUACCUUAUGCUUUGUGGCAGCUUGUGUUUAAAAUGAAGCUGGGAAACUGCCAGGAUAAUGUUUUGGGGUGGCAGUGGGUAGGAAAAAAACAACUUUUUUAGUGCUUUGUAGGCUAUGAGCUGUCUAAUGAUGCCAUAAGUUCUCAAACUGAGUGACUCUGCUCUUCAGUGACAUAUAUUUCUGUUGACAAGCAAGCAGCAUGGUGCAUUUGCCACAUUGGGUGUAUAUCUGGUGCUUGGGUGCAUUACAGAAAUCAUUAGCAGCAGUUUCUGGGUGCACAAAGCAGCUGUUUGCCUCUGGGGGAGCCUGAAACGUUUGUGUCAACAUUUCUGAUGAUGAGGGGCUUGGAAGAUUGAUCAGCUCAGCCUCUGAGCUGUAAUCUCAAGUUCAGCAUGGGACAAAAGUACUUAAAUAAACAGUACUAUUGAUGCAAUUUCAUCAAGAGUUGAAUAAAUGAAUAUUUAUCAUUUCUUAUCAUGUACAGCUCCACUGCUGUAAUCACUUCCUACUCUGAAAUAAGACUAGGCACUGGAAAGACCCUUCCCUUGGAGGCUUUUGCUUCUUCUCCUUUGGGCGGUUUCUGUUUGUGCUCAUGUGGUCUGCUCUUCCUYUCCCCUGUGCUUCCCACACCCCUUCAGCACUUUUAUUUGCUAAAAUCUGGCUUAGGAAGAUUGCUCUUGUCUUUGUCCGUAGCUCUCUUGGCUUUCUGAACCUUGCUUAGUUCACUUUUUUGUGUGGUCAUCAGAUGACCAUAAUCCUCAMAAAUUAUGAGAAACUUAAGAGCCUAGAAACAAGGGACGUGUUCCUCCUGAUGCUUCACCAAGUUUUCAGUAGCUACUAGAAAUCUCAGUGUUUCUUUCAGUCUGCCCAACAUGAAAUCUUGCAGGUGUAUGUUGCUUCACACCUACAAAGGUUUUUUUCUUAGGUUCCAUGAAAAAUGCUGGUGCUUAGACUUAUGUUUGUGCCUUGUUUUUUAUAUCACCACCAAUCUGCUCUUCCAAAAUGGUAAUGUUGGUCAGCAAGCCUGGUUCACAACCGGACGGUUGGGCUGCUUGUUCUUGCUCUACCUCAUUAUUAAACUGCUUCUCCUCUUUCUGUCAUUGUUAUCUCUUCUGCUUGUGGAGUUAAUUGAAAUUUUGUCUUCCAUUUGAGACUUAAUCCUUUAUUUGGUGGUUCUUCCUUUGUUUCUGAGUUUCCUGUCUACCUCUCCUAUUAUUUUCAAAGAGCUUCCUAAAUACAGCCCCUUUACAACKUCAGAUCUUUGAACAUGUCUUCCUUUUCCCCACUUCUUCUGACACCAUACCAUUUUAAAGCCCAUUUUCAAAAUGCUGGUUUAUGAAUUUUGUCUCUCUCAAGCAUAGUGUUUGAUUGUGACUAAGCAAGUGAGCUUGUCCGUAUUUUGUCACUUGCAUGUUUAGUCCUUCAGAGAAGUUGCUCUUUAAGCAAAAUUGAAUGUGAUAUUCUGGAAUGAAGUCUUCUACCUCACUUGAAGAUUCAUGUAAACCUAAAGGGGAAAAAAAUACUUGAAAACAUUUUUUUAAUUGUUUCUUUUUUUUUUUUUUAACUUUUCCAAACUCAGCAUAAAAUCCAAGUUCUCUGUCUGCUCCUGCCAUUCCUGUAUUGCCACAGUGUCACAAGCAAGGUGUGAGCACAGACAUGUCAAGUUGUUAUGCUAAAGAGUAAACAACGUGGCCAGGAGAUAGUCUUAGGAGGCAAAGAACUGUGUGAAGGAGAGAAAACUUUGGGCUUGCUAUGAAGAACUUCUAGGCAGAGGUUGAUGACACUGUUUGCAGUCUGUCCAGUAUUUCUGGGACACUUUUCAGCCUGAUGGACAGCAGUGAUUCCUCAAGCAUGUUUAUUGUGAGGUACCGAGCUAUUGCAGGCCACAGAGUCUUCUGAACUACCUUUAAAGAAGGAUUGUGAAAAUUUGAGGAUUUCCAGAGUCAUUUGCAAAAUAUGAGUCACCUGCAGCAGUGACUUUGUGGAGUAUUCUUGGAGUUGAAGUGUGAUGUCAGGUAUUUCUUGAAGUGUCAUCAUAUGUCUUUUGAUUGCCGACACAGCUUAGUGGGGAGCAAAAUCCCGUGUAGUUUCUUUAAGAAUGGCUAUUUUUAUAUGAUGAUGCAAUCCAUAAACCUUUCAAAUAUAAUCUGAAUGGGUUUUCUUGGGACUAAGGCAUAAAAUUCAUCUGUGCCAUGGGAAAGUAGGAAAAACAGGUGAAUGGAAAUGGGCUGAGAGCUGCUAUUUUAGCUUUAAGCUAUGGUUAUUGUGAACAGGAUUAUUUCAUGGGAAACCCUUUUGCACAGGUGCUUCAUUUUUAUGAAACACUUCAUAAACAGACCUGUGGAAGUGGAAUAAAUAGGGCUGYGAUAGUACAACAAAUAAGGCCAAAGGAAUGAAGAAAACUUGUAGGAAGCGUGGUGGUGUUCCUUCUCACAAGUGGCUAGUGCAGCUUUUGGUUCUUGCCUGAAAGUUUUCACUGAGCCAGACACAGGUCCUUAGCAUCUCCUCCCCAGGGUGUUGCUGAAGUAGUCGAUGGGAACUGUUUUCCAUCUGUUUCUCGUCCUUCAGUUCUUGGAUUCAUUGUCUUUGAUGAAGCUUUUCCUUCUGUACCAUUUGGAAGCAGGGCCAGAUCUCUCAGCAGGAGAAGGCUUUCCUGCCCUCUUUUUUUUUUUCCUCCAUGAGGAAUGUUACUGGCUCAGUUUUUCAUCCAGAUUACUGGAGGCAAUUUGUUAAAAUUCAUGCUUUUUCUCUGCAAGGGYAGUGGCAGAGAAAGAACUUUCUAUCUUGGAUCUUUUGGAGUAAAUUGAUUCUUUACUUUUUUUCUCAACAAUUCUGUUUUUUCCUARUUUGCUGUAGUAAACACUCAUUUGCACCUAGCAGUGGAUGAAGGAGUCUCCAGGAGGAAAAAUGGAAGGACAAAAGGGUCUAAUUUUUGUUGAAUUUGGCAAUCUUCCCAACAUGCUGCGCUCACUGUUACCCUUUCUGAUGUUCUCCUAGAAUAAGAAAUUCUGUAGACUUUAGAACUCAGACUUAAGGCCCUAAAUCCAUGGUAGACCUAAAUGAGCCAGGUGAAAUCACUGUUAUCACCCAGAGUAUCAAAAUGCAGUAGAACAGCAAACUGUGAAAAUACUCAAUUUUUGAAGGUAUCUUUUUCCAGAGAAACUUUCAGUUUUUGAUUAAAUGGGUCAGAAUUAUAAUCACCAGCUUAAACUGAAAGCUCUGUAACUGGCUGAAAUACGCAUAAAAGGCAUAAAGCUGUGCCCUUUAAAGGGAAAUAGAACAAGAGUAGCAAGAUGCAGUGAUUCCUUCAGCCAGGCAAGCUGUUUUCUGAGAAGCUGCUGGAUAACGUGUUGGUGUCUGCUUCACAGCAUGAGUGCAAAAUACUGUGAAUUCAUGCAAAGACUUUCUCUUCUGCUCGUGUUGCAAAGUGUAAAAUGUCAGUGCUACAAUAUGCAUCUUGUGCAGCCCAGAACUGUUUCAGUUCAUGCUUUUGCUUCUUGAAUUUGGGCUCAAAAUCUGAAGCUUGUACUAUAGCAAUCCUAAGACUGUCUUUGCUGAAACGUGUUGAAAAGCUCAUACUUAGAAAUGGUAUUGGAAAUUGAAAGGAUUACAGAAUUUGUGGAAUUACGUGAUACAGCCUGAUACAGUGAUCAAAGAUGAUAUUGUUGUAAUUAAGGUACUGCAAACCAAAAAAUCUGUAUUUAUUCUUAAAAGAUAUUAUCAAGAUGCACAGGGGAAAAUGUUUGAAGCCACCGCUGGAAGCAGAGAGGCUAAAGAAAUAUUUCCUGCCUUCCAGUGAAGGGGAAGGUUUGAAGUCAUCUUUGCAGAAUGAGAUAAUCGUCUCAAAACURUUCUGCCAUGCUUGAUGGCAGGUGAGCCUAGCCAGGCCGAGACCCAAAGUCAGUAGGUGCACACAGGAAAACACAGCUCAAGGAGACCCAGCUCARUUUGCAGACCAUCAGCAAUCUCUAGUUUACAAUGAGAGUUGCUAGCAAGCAGCAAUUGGAGUUUACAGUCCUCAGGUGUCUGGAGCAUUUGCUUCAUGCAGUUUUCUUGGUGCUGUUAUCCUCACAAAUAACAGGACAGCAAAUUCUGAGGACUCGGGAAGUGCUGUCCUGUGUGUCCUUGUUUGGGUCAUGUUCAUGAAGCUGCAGUGUGCUGAGGCAUGGGGCCUGAUCUUGGGACUGGAGGGGGAAAGGGGUGCCUGGAUGUCACAGGGACUCRAGGGGAGCUGUAACAUCUUGGCAAUACUGUUCUGGCUAGUGAGCGAAGCGGGAGCUUUGCUUUGCUCUGGCAAAGGAGGAGAGGGUCAGAGUUGUGCUUUGGUUUUUUAAUUCACCAAAAAUAUCGAUACCUUAGGUAUACUUGGACCAAAAGAUCAGAAUGCACUUAAGCUGUCAUUCAGAAACUGUAGCGCUCAGACCUCUUCCAGCAGUGCCUGUGUCUCUGUCAGAUAAAUAACUUUUUUAAAAGCUGCAGCACUGUUCAUGUAGCCAGUAAUGURUGUUUUGUACCUAACAGUGAACUUUUAAAAGCUACUGUCAUUCAAAGCCCCUUUUCUUCUGUCCUGCCUCUGUAGCCACAAAGGAAUCGGUAAGAGCUGUAUAGGUUAAAACCUGCUGGGAUAGACAAACAGUUGCCAAAAAUUCAAGGCUCUUUCUGUCACACUUUGCCAAUGUAUCAGGAGAGAAAAAGCAUCUGUGAUCGUGUGGUAGAAAUGAUGCAAGGAAGCUGCAUACUGCCCAGGAGCAUCUGCCCCUGCCACCUUUAUUGGCCAUUGGCAGCCUGGGCAGAGUGAGCAGUGAAGCCCCUGGUGAGGAGGCAGCCCGGGGGUCGGGGUGACACUGUGGGAUUGAGGCCCUCCUCGAGCGCUUUCCCAGCUGCAGCCUCACACCUCCCGCCCCGGUGUUCCCAGUGCCGGCUUUCCUGGCGUGCUCAAGCGGGAGAAUAGGCUGAGGAGAGGGAGGUAAGAGAAGCUUCCCUACCUGAYAGUCACUCUCUAGGCUUCGCAGGGCCUGCUGUGCAUGCCGGGCUGUCCUGCAGGGAGGCCGGGAGCUGUGCGGCGCCGCGCCGGCCUUUCCCGCCUGUGCCSGAGAGCCGCUGCUGGCCCCGGCCCUGCUGCCUGCCGCAUUUGAUCCCGCCUCUCCCGGGGCGCCAGGGAAACCCGCUGGGAGAAGGGAACGAGGAAGCAAAUUUCCUCUUUAUGCAGGGACGGUAGGAGCCUUGGUUAUCCUUGUUCUCUUCUGAGGGUGCAGGAGAAGGGACUCCUUUAGCAGAGGACUAUCAGAGAUGGCUUGUCUCGUGAUGUUUACAAGGCCUUUUAGAUGUCACUGUAAGUGCUCGUGCUCUUAGCUGACAGAAAUGAAGACCUGUCAGGGAAGGAAAAUGGCUUCAGAUGUUCCUGGAUAACUCUUUUAUUAGCUGCUCGCUUCGUAGUGUACACUGGGUGACUUAGCUGAAGAAAAUUAGUACACCUGAGACUUUCAGUCAGUCUUGUAUUCGUUUAGAAUGAGAAGCAGUUUGAUCAGCUUGUGUAAAAACAUAUCCAUCCUUUUUUCCUCUCAGAAGAUCAGUGCUCUCCCUCAGGAAAGAAAUGAAAGCUGUUCCUGCUCCUUUAGCAAUUGCUUCUGAUUUCCACUGCUGCAGAGCAAAGUGCAGCUGUAUCAUUGUAUCUGCUGCUUGACAGAUCAUCUUGAGACUCGAAAAUGAGAGAAGUGUUCACUUUCUUUAGGACUAAAAGGGGCAUUACAAGGUGAGUAGUUGCCCUGACCUCCUCUCAGACGGYCCAAUAUAGCUGCACGGAUAGGGACUUGUUACCU